GCGCUUGGUCACAAUUUACAUGCUUUUUCUCAGCACAUGUUAUUUUUGUAAACAUUGUUUCAAAAAACUCUGGUUGUCACUUAAAUAUAAGUUUAAUUUAUGUUAAUUUGAAAGAAUCUGAAAACACAAAACCAGUCACCAUGAAAAAUCGUUCCUCGAAAAGCAUCAGAAGAAAGGAUGCCUUCAUCAAAAAAACUAAAGAAAGACGGAAAGUAGAACUCGAAGAUGAAAUAGAUUUGUUAUUACCUGGAACAGGUGGUUUCAUUGAACCAGAUGAAAACGAAAAAACCUAUCAAAUAAAUCAAAAAGAAAUCGUUUCCUCUGUGGACAUAACCAGUGCUACUAAAUGUUUUGAAUUAAAAUUAAUACAUGGACCAUAUGUCAUCGAUUAUUUUAGGAAUGGUCGCCAAGUUCUGACUGGCGGUGAAAAGGGUCAUGUUGCGGCCAUGGAUUGGGUGACAAAAAAACUUAUUUGUGAAUUUAAUGUGAUGGAAUCAGUUCAUGCCAUAAAAUGGUUACAUAUGCCCAAUAUUUUUGCUUGUGCCCAGAGAGAUUGGGUUCAUAUUUAUGACGACAAAGGAACUGAAAUUCACUGUUUAAAAAAACUCUAUAAAGUUAACCAAAUGGAAUUUUUGCCUCAUCAUUUUUUAUUGGUCACAGCUUCAGAUCAAGGAUUCCUAUCUUGGACCGAUACAUCAUAUGGAAAAUUGAUUGCUCAGUUUAGACCAAAAAAAGUGAGAAAAAUCAUGAGUAUGGCUCAAAAUUAUACAAACGGUGUAAUUUUGACUGGCCAUUCAAAUGGUGUUGUAAACAUGUGGACUCCAAACAGCCAAGACCCUGCUAUUCAAAUGCUCUGUCAUUCUGGAUCAUUAACAGAUAUUGGUAUCACAUCUGAUGGUACGAGAAUGGUGUCAUUGGGGACAGACAGAAAGAUGAAAUUAUGGGACAUUAGGAUGCUGAAACCAUUGAAAAGUUAUAGUUUAAAAUCCAUAGGUUCAUGUAUUGAUGUAAGUCAGCGAGAUUUGAUUGGCGUUAGCACUGGAAAUAUCGUGCAGAUUUUCAAAGAUUCUUGGAAUACAGAACUAAAGGAGCCUUAUUUGCGUAGCAAAUCCAAUGGAUUGAUAAAAAGUAUAAAAUUUUGCAAUUUUGAAGAUGUAUUGGGCAUCGGCCAUGAAAAUGGUUUCUCAAGCAUUUUGGUUCCAGGAGCAGGGGAACCUAAUUUUGACGCUCUAGAGAGCAAUCCAUUUAUGACGACUUCACAAAGACGAGAAAUGGAGGUUAAAAUGUUGCUAUCAAAAAUACCAUCUGAAUUGAUAAAUGUGGAUCCAGAAAUUUUAGGAAAAGUUAACAUCAAGCAACUGAAAGAAACAAUUGCUUCAAAGAAGAAACUAGGAUAUGUAAAAGUACCUAAAAUUCAAUUUAAAGAAAAAAAGAGCAUGAAGUCAGUCAAAAAAUUCAAAUUGAAGAAACAACUUCGCGAUGAAGCCCAACGAAACCAUAUUAAGGGAAUGCGAAAUGAAAAUAUUGGUGCUAAAGCUAAUUCAAUCAAGAAAAGACCAACCAAUAGAUCAACGUCAUCUCGAACAUCAUCUAAAGGGCUGAAAGUUGUUAAUAAAUUUUUUGUGCAAAAGGGUUUAAAAAAGGCUAAGAAAAGUAAACCUAAAGAAAUUAACAUAGAUUUUUCUAAUGUUUUGGAUCGAUUUAAACCAAAAACGAAAUGAAAUAAAAGGAAUUAAUUUAUAAAUUAUUUUU